CAAAUAAAGUUCCUAUCUUUAUGUCUCUAACCCCUUAAACUUCUCCUCCCUAUAUAUAUACCCAAUCCUUCAUUCACAUUUUCCGUAAAUUAAAUUAAAAACAAUUCUAAUUUAUUUCAUUCGAAAAAAAAAUAGAAAUUCUGAAAAUUGCAGAAUGAAGAGAGUUACUUACCCGUUUAACGAUAAAGCAAAAGCUCGAAUCAUCGGCGCCGGAGCCUUCGACGGCGGAGGCUAUUUCCGGGAGCUCGGUUACAUCAGCAGCGGCAGUGAACACAGCGGCGACGCCGAUAAUGACGUCAUUUCACCUAGCUUUUCCGGUCUCGUCUUCGGUUUCCCUGAUGAUAUGGAACAAAAUCAGUACCCGGAAAAUGAAAACGAUAACUCAAACUCAAACUCCGGUGAUGAUACUGACGAGAUCGCCGGAGACUUAUACGACAACUUGCCGGAGGAGAUUUUGUUACAAAGUGAAAACGAUUUGUUCCGUAAUGUGUUGAAUUCACACGUGAACAAAGCGUUAGAGGUAUUUACGUAUUUGAAAAUGGAAAAAUCGGUACUUAGAAGGAACGUAAUGAGUUGUUUAAGAGAUUUUGGUUAUAAUGCUGCUGUGUGUAAAGCUAAAUGGGAGAGUUCCGGUGGACUUACCGCCGGUAACUACGAGUUCAUCGACGUUGUUCGGACGGAUUCAACUAACAAACAAACUCGUUACGUCAUCGAUUUGGAUUUCGCAUCGGAAUUCGAAAUCGCUCGACCGAUGAAGUUCUACGAGCGGCUGUUACAGUCGUUGCCAAAGGUGUACGUAGGUAAUUUGGGGGAAUUGAAGUAUAUAUUGAGAACAAUGAGCGACGCCGGUAAGCGAUCGUUGAAGUGUAAAGGUUUACAUCUUCCUCCGUGGAGGAAGCACCGUUUCAUGCAGAACAAAUGGCUCGGUCCGUACAAACGGACGACGAAUUUCAUCCCGACGGUGAAUACUCCGGCGGUAAAUACUCCGGCGUUUUUACCGCCGUCGUUGAAGUGUCGGUCAGUUGGAUUUGACUCCGCCGCCGUCGACGGCGGGUUAUGGUUGCCGGCGGUAACCCGGACGAGAUGACUUUUAAUUAAGAUAAAGAUAAUGGUAAUAAUUAAUUUUUAAUUAUAUAGAGUUGUCGUUUUGUGUUUAACGAAACGUUGUCGUUUUCUUACCCAUGUAAAAUAGAGAUAAAAUGAUUAUCCAACAUGGUGUACUGGGCUCGUUUCUUACUAGGAUAAGAGCAAACUUAUUUUUCAGUAUAAGUUUAUAUAAUAUUUGGUUGUGUAAAAUCGCAAGAUGACUUGGUUUGAAAUUUAUUAUCUUGAAAUUA